AUGGAUGCAACGCCAUAAUUUUUAAAGAAUAAGUGAAUUCCCCCCUGGCUUUGUUGCACGCAAUAAAACAUCUCAAAUAGAUUGAUCGCAAGAACACAAGAGUUUCUCGAGCAAAAUUGUACAGGUCACCAUGUCAGAUGUAGUAUUCGGAUUUUACGCCUGCAUUGCAUUCGUUGUAAUAGUAUUUUUUAAUGUUGGGUUCUUCACGCCAAACUGGCUAACUGUGCAAGAAACACCAGCCAACUCUUCCAAGCCUUCUGUCAACUGUUCCAAGCCUUCAGUAACCUCUUACACGCCGGCAGUCAACUGUUCCAGGCCUUCGGUCAACUGUUCCACGCCUUCGGUAUCCUCUUACAUGCCUGCAGUCAACUGUUCCAAAACUUCCGUGAACUGUUCCACGCCCUCGGUCAACUGUUCCAUGCUUUUAGUAAACUCUACCGCGUCUUCAAGAAUAUGCAACUAUGGCCUGUUUUACAGUGUUGAUUGCCCAAAUGAUGAGAAGGCUUUUGACUGGACCAUUAUUGGACUGAAUAUUGCCACGUCUGUGUGUUUGACGGUCAUUCCUUUCUUCUGGUGUCUCCUGUCAUGCAUGCUUUGCUGCAAAAAAGACGACUCAGACGACGCAUGCGCUGACGGUUGCUGCAGUUGUUACACGUUCUUUUAUGCUGCUGGAGGUAUCCUGGGCUUUGCGUCAACUUUGAUUGUGGUUUCAAAAUUUGAUAACAGUCAGUUGGGGUGGUCUUUCUUUCUGACAGUUGCAGCAACUUCAGUGAUUUUGUUACAGUUUGUGCUUUUAAUCACCUACUUUGUUUGCUCUCGAAAAAUGAACGAAAAAUGCACGGUAUUCCUUGUCUAUAGAAGACGACAUUCCUAAUUGUUACGUUUGAAUUAAACUUUGUAAGUAUCCAGUGUUUUAAUAACCUGUUGUUGUUUUUGCCAAAAUAAACUUUUUAUAAGUGUUUACUGAGUUAAGUAUUUUCAAAGCUUAUAAAGAAAAUUUUGUACAAAAAUAUUAUUUUUAGUCAUUUUUUUUUACUUAUUUUCACACAAAAUACAUUGCAUUUUUAUAAAUAGAUCUCAUUCCCGAUAAUA